ACUGCCUCUGCUCUUUUUGCAUUUAAGAAUUAACAGAUGUGCUUGCUUUGAAGAAAUUGAUUCAUUUCUUGAUGGGAAGAAAAAUCUUCUUUAGUUUUUCACUUAUCUUUUUAUGUAUAGGAUUUUCAUUAACUUUGGAUCAGAUACUUGCCAGGAAGAAUGUAAGUUUCAUCUCUCGAACAUCUUUAAAUAAAGAAGUGGUUAUAAACGAUAAGCAGAGUAAUGGAGAUGUGAACCCAAUCCAGAAUUUCACAACAGUACCAAUCACUCAGACUCUCAGCUACACUCUGAGCAGACAUGGACAUUUAGAAAAAGAACCUUGGAAUGCAUUCAGCCACCAUAGCCCAGUUAAUGUCUCCAUGGAUGGAAUUCCCUGCAUUCUUUUCUGGGCCAAAGGAAUAACAAUAAAAUUUAAGAAUCAGACCUGGCUGGACCUUACAGAUGAAGCUUUUGGCCAGAAGACAACAGUGGACAUUAGCAACUCAAACUGCAGUGAAGAAAGUGCCAUUUUGUCUCUGAAGUUUGGUGAUGCUGAAAUUCCCAAAGUUCUUGAUAUAAGAUUCACCCUUACCAAUUACAACAAGUUGUACCUCCAGAGCUGGUUUAGUCUGCAGCAAGUUGAGAUUAUUUUCAAUAAUUCAGUCCAAGCAACUUUUAAUGCAACUGGCAUAUACGCUCCGUCGAGUUAUUCCUACCAUUGCCAGCGUGUCAGCAGCCUGCAGCGGUAUGAUGCCCUCUUGUUGCCCAGCUACACAGAUGAUAUGUCAAGCCUGUGGGAGGUCACAUUUGUUGAUUUCCAGAUCCAAGCCUUCACCAUCAAGGGGAGGCAGUUUGCCAAGCCCCGAGACUGUGCCUCCUCCUUCUCGCCAGCCAUUCUGAUCGGCCUGGCCAUGUCCCUGAUCCUGCUGCUGGUGUUGGCCUACGCUCUGCACAUGCUCAUCUACCUGCGCUAUCUGGAGCGGCACUAUGAUUUCCUCACCUCUCCGGCCCACUUCCCCCAGCUGAAAUCUCGAGAUGCAGCAGAAGAGAAGGAGUUGCUGAGGAGCCAGGGCGUCGAGUGCUAUGAACUGAGAAGCCCACAGAUCUGCAAAAUUUAUGUGUAACGGCACAGGCCCCUCUUCCUCAUGAAGUCCACCAUGGGCUCUGAAAGGAGUUAUUUCUGUCCAUCCUCUUUGACUUGUGAUAUAAAG